CUGUCUUCGUGAUGUCCCAAGAGCCCCGUAUCGCUGUCAUCACCGGUGCUGCGCAGGGGAUUGGUCGAGCUAUCGCUCUUAGACUAGCCGACGACGGAAUCGAUGUCGCCGUCAACGACAUCCCGAGUAACGAAAAGAAGCUCUUAGAAGUCGUUGCCGAAAUACAGGCGAAAGGCAGGCGAUCGAUCCCUCUCAUUGGUGAUGUGGCCGUAGAAGGCGAGGUUCGGGGCUUCAUCGAGCAGACUGUAUCCGACCUGGGUGGAAUAGACAUUAUGGUAGCAAAUGCUGGAAUAGCAAGAAGUGUAGAGCUUAUCGAUAUGAGCGUGGAGGAUUGGGACUGCAUGAUAUCUGUGAACCUCCGCGGUGUGAUGUUAUGCUACAAGUAUGCCGCGCAGCAGAUGAUCAAGCAAGGGCGUGGUGGUAGGAUCCUUGGCGCCUCGUCGAUCUUAGGCAAGAAAGGGGCCAUGACAUUUUCCAGCUAUUGUGCAACCAAGUUCGCAGUUAGAGGUCUCACACAGUCUCUUGCGCUUGAGGUUUCCAAGCAUAAUAUUACUGUGAACGCUUAUUGUCCGGGCCUCAUCCACACAUCGAUGACAUCUGCAUCUACAAGUGGACAAUCUACGGACCAGCAUGGUAACGCGGUGUUACCGGUUCCGCCAAGUAUGCCAGGCGCCGGGCCAGAAGUCAUUGCGAGCAUCGUCUCGUAUCUCGUAAAGCCUGAGGCUUACUUUAUCACUGGUCAGUCAAUUGACGUAAACGGCGGGCGUUAUAUGUCAUAAGACGUCCCAAUUUACGUCCUAUGCUGUGACCGCUCCGAGGAUGAAUUGCAUGAUCGUCCGUGAAACAUGUUUCAGGAUGCCGUUUAGCAGGCUAUAUCUGCUAAGAAUGUCAAAAUCAAACACGAAGCCGCCGCAAUCGAUCUUGUUAGCCACACAGUCAUAUCUACGCUUCAGACGAUUAAUCUAUACCUGUGGUCAUGCUCAUAGUGA